ACGUCGCCUGAUUCUCUACUCUUCUUCGAGUCUUUUCUCUCAUAUCGUGCCUCUAUCGAUUCUGAAGUAGACUCCAUCGUUUAGAAUAACCAUCUUCAUUUCGCUCCAUUCGAUUAAUUCGUCAGUCCAUGUAACCAUUGGCCGCUGUAUCAGCCCUGCUCCGAGGAGCCGCUGGUGCCUUGCAGUGAAGCUUGGAUUAAUACAACGUAAUCAGCCUACAAUACUAUCCAUCUUAGUCGUCGCCAAAUUCACCCUUUUAUUCGACAAUGACUUGGUGGCGUCGCGACUCGACCAUCUCCCCUGUUCAGCGCUACGCGCAACGUCUACUCCGCUCCCACGAGACUGCUCUUCGUACCCGAGGCUUUUCUCGUACACCAUCGCAGAAUGCCCAACAUGGAGAUGACAAGGGCACCAAUCGCCCAUCGGGCAUGUCCAAUCUCGAGUGGGCACAAUUACAACACUACCAGCGGUGGCGAAAGAAGCUGAUGGAAGACCCAUAUCAGGCUCUCUUUGGUGCGAGCAAUAGUAUGCUGAGUGGGAAGGGAUUAAAAGAUUGGGAGUGGAUUAGCAACUCGUUUCCCAAAUGGAUGCUGAGGGAGAUGAACGACUAUGGAGAUGCCAUGCCACAACCAAAAAGCGACAAAGACAUGAACUCCUCAAAGAGAAGUGCGAAAAAAGAAGACAUGGAACACGACGGGUCAGGUAUCUCCAAAGAGAGGGAAUCCCAUUUCCCGCAGCCUUCCUUCAGGGCCGCACGAAUCGGCGGCGACGAUGCCCGUGCUAUUGUCUCACCUUCGGACCUGAGAAGGCCGAAUGAGCAUCUUCACGUUACAGUCAUUGGAGAAAGUAUAAAAGCAAGAACCCAAUCCAGUUCCAAGCCCCAGUCUUCCACUCCCUCACCAAAUGCAUCUAACACUUUCGAGUCAUCGCCUCCGACACCACCGAAGAGCACACAGUCCUUCAGCGAUUACAUAGAAAAGUCAAAUUCGGAUGCCAUAGGCAAGAUUGAGAAAAUGAGCAAGCCUACAACACCCCAAGGGGCUUUCAUGGAUGGGUUUCUUACGGAAAAGCCUUCACAAGAUAAUCCAAAUGUCGACACUCCGAAGUUUUCUACUUGGAAGGAAACCGCGCUACAGAGACGUCUAUUGCGAGACGAUGUGAUGAAGAAAGACGUAAACAAUGAACCUUCGAGUAUCCUGCCAGUCGUCAAAGAAACUGAAACUAUGCCGCCGACUGCAACGAUAGAUGAGCACUCUACAGCGCCACAAGUGAAGCAAGCUGUACUUGUCACAGAUGUGCACCAAGAACAAGAGCCUUCGCUCAACGAAUACACGUAUUCAACAAAAGACCACGCUAAACCCACUAGGUCAACAUCAGAGACACUCAGUCAACUGCCUGAAGAUGAUAUUGACUUCUUGAGUGCAGCUGAGAUCCGCGCGUCCAUGGGUACGAAAAAGAGUAAAAUCCCGAGCGACGAACAAAGGAAAACAGAGCGAGAAAACCUAGAAAAGUCUUUUGCUGAAGCACACGCCGAGACAAACGAAGUGGACCCGAUGAUUGAGUCCAAGAUCCUCAAUGAUCAAUUUAUCCGUCGCACAGAGCGUAAGAUGCAGAUGCCAGAAGAGCCAAAGGAAAUCGAUGAACCUCAGCCGACUGCAAAAACUGAUCAGACAUCGACGCUUGCAAACGAGGCCCAAAUGGAGUCGAGUAUUGAGCGCAUGAGAUCGUGGCUCGAGCAGGGCGGUGCCAUAUUCUCCAGCUAUUUCUGGCAAGAUCCGACAGAAGAAGCAGAUGCAAAAAAGACUCGCUUGUUCUUCGACAAGGUGCUCGAGCGUAUUCGCAAGGGACGCUCAACCAUGAGACAAGUCAUUGAGGAUCUAGAGACAGAUAUUCCUGCGUCCAAAGCACUGUUAAAGCGCAUGAAAGCCGACGAAGACGUCUUGGACUCUGCAAUUCAUGCUUUGCGACAACGCUCAGGUAGCGGCAAGAUGCACUCGUUGACGCCCAAGAAGGUCCGAGCGAUACAGUCCCUGCGUUUAAAGUAUCAGGAUACGGAUAAUGAUCUGAAUAAAGCUUACGCGGCUUUGGAAGAGAUCAGCAAAUCCGAAGCUGCCAAGAAUCCCCCCUUGGCUUUCAAGCAACGGCUCGGCUUGUCAGCGAAGAUCAUCCAGAAAAACGCUCAUCUUACACGAUAUUUGAUAUGGAGUCUGCAAGCUCGUCUCGAGGACCCGGAAAUCGACCGAAGCAUGCUAGUAAACUACAAGGCUGUGGCUAACAGCUUACUGACGCUGAGAGAUACCCAAAUGGCCCUGUCUCGAUUGGUGGACCGUGCUAUGUUGGUAUACGGGGUAGUACCACAGACUAUGGAGAAGGCCGAAUUCAUGGGCCAAACCAUCCUGAAUACGUCAAGUGAGCAUGGGCAAGUGUCUCAUGAGUUGUCUCCCAGUAUGAACAAGAUCGACAAAGCCCAACUUCGUGCUAGAAUAGCGGCUGAGGAACACCUUGCCAACGAGGUUGAUGCACAAAAGUCGGCAAUGCGCGGGCUGUCAGAUGAUGGGUAUGUGCGUGAGCCAAAGGCCAUGGAGAAGAAGUCAUUUGAGGAGCGUAGCCCGCUUGAUCACAGCCUCUACAGGCCCUUCGGAUCGGUGCUGGAGAGUUUGGGCAGUGAAUUGCCUUCAAGAAUCGAAGCAUCCAAACCCGAGGAAGUGGACCAGAAGUACAACGAUGUUGAGCUGGUUGCUGAAGUGCAGAAGGCGUACGAAGAUACUUAUGGGCCAAUCACUGCUGAACACAAGCAGCUGAACACUGCUGAUGAAGUAAAGCAUGACCAAGAGAAUGCUGUUGAGAAGUUUGAGAUGUUGAAAGACGAUCCUACGACCAGUGAGGAGACUCCUGAAGGGGCUAGUGCUGCUCAGGCACUUGAGUCUGAAGUCACCACUUCACAAACUGCAGAGAACGAGGCUACCAGCGUACAAGUUGAGGCCUCAGCCGAAACCUCUACUCCAACCCCUCAACUCACGCAAGCAUCCCCAGAACCCGCCACUGAGACCUCUGCAACAGUGUCCUCAUCUCCUGUCCCACCCGCUGACCUCCCAACCCACUACACCAUCCUAAUUCACAAUGCCGAAACCAACACCCUCACCCACACAACCUCCACCUCGCCCCCACCCCGCGACCCCUCCCCCACAAUCCCCCUUCACACCGCCCUCGCAACCCUGUCCUCUCCUUCGAAAUUCAUCCCCCACAUAACCCCAGACUGGGAAAUCGUAACCGCGAAACCAGACAUGCUCAUCUUGCGCAACACACUCGCCCCAGCCCCCAAACCCCUGCUACACACAUCCGAGCACAGCGACGCCGCAGAAAACGCCAUCCCAGAUGAAGCUGACGUCCAGCGCGUGGGAACUGUAAAUCCAAUUGAUGGUACUACCCGUCUUUCCCCAACGGGAUAUGUAGGACCUGAGGAGAAUCGCGAGCAGCUAGAGAAGGAGUUUGAGGAGCGGAGGCGGGCGGCGGAGCGGGUGGUGCUGGGGUCAGGUGCUAAUGGGGAGGAGAGUGCGAAGGGCUCAACGGCGGAGAAUAUGAAGAAGAAGGGACGCGGUGCGGGUGUUGUCAAGACGGCGAUUUGGGCUGCGGCUGUUUGUUAUGUUGUUGGUGUUUUGGGGGAGGUUGUUGCUUAGAGGACGAGGGAGUGGUCUUUUGCUAUUCGUAUCUUUUUUUGUAAAUCUUCUUCUUUGCUUUAUUCUUUUUCUAUACAUAUAUGUUUGACUUUCGGCUGUUGUAUCUACGCGUCGUUGUUGGAUCUACACCGCUCUGGCUUCUCUAUUCGUUUUCUGGCUCAGGAGUCAUUCUCAUGUAUAAAUAUCUCGUUUCGUAAAUGAAAAUACAAGUCAUAGUAUUGACU